UAUACCGAUCUUUAGAAGAAAAAAAAACAUAUAUUUCCGAAAAAAAAAAAAGAUGAAAACGGUGGUAGGGAUCAUAUUCUCGGCCGUCCUCCUCGUCGCGGCCGUGACCGCCAAGCCCCCGCCGCCGAAGUUCGCGGAGAAAGGCGAAGCACUGGUCGCGAAGCUCUGCGAGAAGUCGGAGGACAAAGCGUUCUGCGUAUCCAGCCUCGGAUCGCGGCCAGACGCGGACACCGCGACCGCGCCCGAGCUGGGCGUGAUCGCGUUGAGCAUCGCGUCGGCGAACGCAUCUGACACGUCGGCGUACAUAAAGGCGAAGCUGAAGACCAAGAACCUGGAGCCAGCCCUGGAGGACACGCUCGAUGACUGCUCGACGAGCUACCUGGACGCGGUGGCUCAGCUCGACGACUCGCUCGCGGCUCUGCUCGCGUACCAGUACACGGACGCCGACAUAUGGCUGAACACGGCCAUCAGCGACGUCGAGACGUGCGAGAGCGCGUUGAGCGAGCGCGACGGCCACGACGAGGAGCUCGAGCGCCGCAACACCAACUUGUCGAAGCUCGUCAAGAACGCUCUUCUCAUCAACAUCAUUUUGACUCCAUGAUUUGAUUUGUUUAUAUAUUUAAUGCAAAUUUUUUCCUUUUCGAUUUUA